UCUGGGCCUGCAAGGCGUAGACGGGAGGAAGAGGGAGAGGAUGGCGAGUAGAGGGGUGCACAUACCCACGGUUAAUAUCUCGUCACUGCUGACCGCUAGUGGUGAAUCGUUCAGCGAGGAGGAUCGAGCGUCCACUUCGAACGCCUUGCUGCGAGCUUGUGAGACCCACGGGCUGUUCUUUGUCGUAGGCCACGGCAUCACGACGUCUCAGAGGCGCCUAGCGUUCGACAACGCCAGGCGAUUUUUUUCCCUUCCGGAAGCGGCGAAACGGAAAAUCCCCGCAAAGAAGGGCGGCUUCACGCGAGGCUACAUCGGAUUCGGCGGAGAGAGCGGUUCGCACCUUCGAGAGUGCAAGGAGGCUUUCAGCUACGGGUAUCCUUGGCCCAACGACCAGCCCCCAAACAACGCUCUCCAGGGCCCUAACAUAUGGCCCGACAGCGACUCCCUGGGGCAAGGCUGGCGAGAUAGCUUGUCGGCGCUCUUCAGGUUGAUGGUGUCGGUGAACGAGGCCGUUGCGAGGGGUCUCUCGCUCUCCCAAGACCUCGGCCUGCAGGACCUCCCGGCCCUUUGCCAGGGCGGGGACACCAUCAGCUUGUUGAGGCUCUUUCACUACUUCCCCUACAGCAACGACGCUGCCAGUAAUAGCAGCAGCAGCAGCAGCAGCGCCAGCGGGAGCGGCAGUUACAGCGGCAGCGGUACCGGAAACGGCAAUUGCAAGAACGACGAUGACGACGGCAGUGCCAUGGCCGUCGCAAGCACGGGCUUCAGCACCGGCAGCAGAAGCUCUGGCAACGACUGCACUGGCAACAGCGGCGGCAGCAGCGGCAGCCGAGGAGGAAGUGGUGCGGGAAACAUUGGAUCCAGCCCGCACACCGACUGGGGUUUGUCGACAACCAUUCUCCAGGACGGGGCUGGAGGCCUUCAGUUCCUGGAGCAAGCGACUCAAAGGUGGGUGGACGUCUCUUGCUCCCAGGAAGACGCGCUGGUGUUCAACUGUGGCGACUACCUUUCGCUUCUGAGCAACGGCCGCUUGAAGUCUCCGGUGCACCAGGUUGUGACGACCGGUGUCGAGCGGACAUCGUUCGUGUUCUUCUAUUACCCCAGCUUCGACGCCAAGCUACCCGUCGUCGCUCCACGCGACGCGAGUUCCAGCGCAGGAGCAACCCCAACAAACCCGGCAGCGGCGGCAGCCACGGAGAAGCAGGUCCCGCGCGAGCCGCGGGAGGCAUUCGGGCCGUACAACACCUUGCUGGACCUCCGCAAUAAGCAGCGGGAUGGCGACGCUGCAGCAGCAUCAGCCGUAGAUGAGGACGAUGCAUCCUUCGGGCAGUACCUCGCCAGAAAGUGGGGAGCUGUCUUCCGAGAAACAUAAGCUCUACAGAAGAAACAAACUCCAAAUUUUACCAUCAAUGGGUGGCUCAGCCUUGGAGUAUUUCGAGAGACGAGCGUCAGUAGAUCGCUGUGGGCCACGGCUGCAUCCCCUGUUGAAUAUAAUCUUCUCGACGAGAGGGGAGCAGAAACCCCAAUAUUGAAGACGUCAACCAUACAUCGGGGACUGAAUAAAACGAAACAAAUUCAACAAGGAACUUGCCAUCUAGUCUACAACAAGACACAGGGAAUCCUUCUCAGCAUGCCCACAACCUUCACCUCGGCAACGUUAUGUCCUCGGUUUCCCGUGGGACCGGGUGCGUGUCAGACUACCGUUGGCUGCGGAAGAUAUCACACCCCCUG